UGCUAACUUCAGUUUGGUUAGUCAGUCCGUUCGGUGGGAAGCGCGUUAACGUUGUUUUGUUUACAAUCGUUUUCAAUUUAAGAAAACAAAAUACACCUGUUAUCCCGAAUUUAGCCUUUUAUAUAAAUACAACCGUAGGUAACGUGUGUUGUGUGCCGCUGUGAUAUUUAUUGUAAAAUACAACCUGUGACAUGAUUUUUUAAUUCGAAAAAGUUCAUUGAAUGGUUGAAUUGUCUUUCGAUUGUGAUUAUUUUGAUUGUUUACAAUAGCUGUGUAGCUCGCAACGUUGUACAAAGUUGUCCCUUGUGACCAAAUCAGCAUUUUUCGACGAUGAUCCCGAUUGGCUGCCGGCGGGGCCGCGAUGGCGCGACGUCUUCUCUGAUUGGUGGACGGUAGCGUCACGCGAGCGACAGCGGCUGUGAUUGGUGCACGAUGUCCGGGCUUCCCAACAGGGGUGAUGACGCCAUCAAUGGAGUCGAUGUGCGAGAGCAAGGAAGCGCUUUGAGGGUGGCCACCAACACCCCCCAUCUGGUGAGCCUGGGCACCGGCCGCCUCAGCACCGCCGUCACGCUGCACCCCAUCAAACAAGGUCGCGUGACCAUCGGCUCGGACCCCACGUGCGACAUCUACGUGGUGGGCACGGGCGUGGCCUGCGUGCACUGCCGCGUGGAGAACUCGCACGGCGUGGUCACGCUCUACCCCACCAGUGGGACCACGCUGCUGGACGGCCUGCCCGUCGACAAGCCCACCAGGCUCUCCCAAGGCAGUAUGCUGACCAUCGGCCGCUCCAACUACCUCCGCUUCAACCACCCCGAGGAAGCCAAGCUCAUGAAGUCUGUGCUACCCUCGGGCCACGUGUCCAUGGCGCCCAUACAGUUCCAGCCCAACGAGCAAUGUGUUCCCACAGGCUAUGUUAACCACAACGCAGAUCCUACCAACCAAUGUUACCAGCACACCAACAUACAGAGCAUAUACCGCGACACCUCGCUCUCGUUCCUCGACCGAGAACUGGACAUGACACUCAAGGAGAUGGCCAGAAGAAAACCGCCCCUAGCGCCCAAGAAGCCGUACCGAGACCCCGACGCGUCAGACUCCAACUCCGACCAGGAGUCCAGACCGAAAAUAGGCAGCAUCAGGGCUAAAGUAUCCAAAUUCGAGUACUACGCCAAACAACAAAAAAAUGUAGGCCGAAGUCAGUUCUACACGUCAAACGAAAUAGAAAUUUCACCGAAAGUCUUCAGUUCAAACUCAUUAACCGUCAACACUCCAGCAAAAGACGUAUUAGGAAACCGAAAUAUACCUAACUAUAUGAAUAAACGACCGGACCAAAAAAUGAUUGUACUCAACGAGAAUAAUUUAGACCCAAAAAAUUGUUCCUACACAAACGUGGCGAUACGACAGAAUAAUAAAACUAAAAUAGAUGACAUCGUCAGAAACUUCGAUGACACAACACGAAACGACACCAAGUUACCCAAGAAAGUGAACAACGACCAGCAGAGCCGCCCCGACAACAACAUAUACGGGAAGAUCAAUACAGAUCGGAAAGACAAGAAUCAUUUGGAUUGCAAGAAUGAUAGCAAGAACUUGAAUUUGGAUAUAGGUGAGUACGGCCGGCUGUGCGGGGUGGGUAAGGUGGUGUGUCUGUCUUCGCCCUCGUACGACCGCAACCCUCAAUAUUCCCCCGUGUACGCCAACUGCUACGAGCGCAGCGUGGAAGCGGAGACUAUGAGGAAGAAGGCGUACCAGGACAGGAUAAAGGAGGAGCAGCAGAAGGAGGCGGAGACGGCGCGGCUGGAGGAGAUACUCAGCAUGUGCGCGGAGUACGAGCGCCAGAUCGCUUCAGGUACACCCAUCACCCCGACGGAGAAGAGGCCGCACAACAAGAUCAUCACCAACGGUUCCUUACCGCGCAGCGUCACGCUCACCAACCCCAACUUCGUGCAGACCAGUGAUGGUUACUACAAGUUCGAAACUAGUCAUAGCAGAAAUUCACCUGCAAGCCAAUCGUUACCCAUACAGAGAAACCUAUCGAGUUACGAAAACUUCGAAACAUCACAAUCUCCUAAACCAGAACCUGUUACCCCUGAAGUAUCUAUAACUGAUAAUAAUUACGAAAAUGUGGGUCGAAUGGACGAACUAGGUAUACCAGUGUUCGAUGAGAUGACUCGAAACGAUUUGUCUAGUCCUUUAAUGAUAAGAAAGCUCCAAAACCAAUCUCCCAUAGGAAGUCCGUACGAAAAUGUCUAUUACAAAAACAAUAUAGGUUUCAAACCAAAGUCUCCAAACACUCAAAGCCCCAGGACAAGAAUCAAAACUUCGUUCGCUCACAAAAAUCUACCGUCUCCACAGUAUUUCGUAUUCCCAUCUCCACCUGUUGACGGUACAAGAAAACCGUUUACCGAUACUAGUAUAAAUACUCCAAAUAAUAUUAGUACGAAAACGAGUUGUGAAGGUAUCGAGAAGCAGUUGAGUUUGGAAGAGGAAAUACCUAUGAUCGAUGAUGCGGAUUUAACGAACGAUAUCGAAUUUCGAUACUCGAAAAUAAUCGAGAAGAACGACGAUUCCACGCAAAAUGAUACAGAAAUAGACAAAAAUGAUGACAUCGAUUUGAGACAUGCGAAAAUCGAUACACCUGAUUCAAAAGAUGCAACAGACAACAAUGAAGUAGAAUAUGCGAUGGUUAAAAAUAAAAGUUUCGAUGACGUCAAAAAUGAGUUGAUGGCCGAUAUACCAGAAUUAGAAGAAUUCGAGAAGGAAUUAAAGCAGAACAAAAGAGAGAAGAUGAUACGAACAAUAACAGAAGAUAUAAAGAGGAUGGAUGUAGAAGAGGAUUCGUUUAGUACGGUGUUGGAUGAGACGGUCGAUGAAUUGAAGUCGAAGUAUGAGAAUUUGAAGGAAGAAAGAAGAAAAUUGGUUACACAAAUUCAUGAAAUUAAAUGUAAGAUGACGGAAAUUAGGUCGCAAGAAGAUGAUAUUCUCAGAGAAUUGGAAAUGGAGAAAGCCCUAAUCAAAGGAGAAUAUGACUCAGAGAUCGCAAUCCUAAACAUAGAACAGAAGAAGAAAGCAGAACUAGUGGACCGAGCGAAGAAGAUAGAAGAAGAAAUCAGGCAACUGAAGGAGAAGCAGGAGUUACGGCACAAUGAGAUGAAAGACCGAGUGGAGAUCGCUACUUUGAAGGCUGAAAGGAUCGAAAAGGAUUUAAAAGAGAACAAAGCUACACUAGAAGAGUUACAGAACGCGCAGGACAUCUUGGACAACGAAACCAAGAUCUCCGAAGAUCUAGAAUUUCAACAUCUGGAGGAAGAAUCUGAACUAUUGGCUAACAGAGAAGACUUACAAAACGAAAUAAUGCUUCUGUCCAAAAAAAUAGAGGCCCAAAAGACCAGAAUUCUCACACUCAAAUCUGAGGCCAACAAUAAUUUGACAUCAGCGUUAGAAGAAACCAAAGUAUUACAAGCAGAAUACGUUAAGUUACUAAACCAAGUCGAACAUUUAACUGGCAAAGUACAGUUAAUUGAGAAAGAAUUAAAACCAGUGGUCGCUAAACUAAAUGAUAUUGAGAGAACGCAAUCACCGGAUAGUGCCUUUUAUACUGAUCAGACUCGAGCCAAGUCCGGGGAAUUCGGAUACUCGCCACAAAGCUCUGAUAGUGAUGAUUUAGAUGUAGCUAAGAUUUCAAAUUUCGAAGAUCACACAAAGUUACUAAAAGAUAAAUUUAAUUCUAUAGACCAAAUGUCACAAUCCAUGAUCGUGGAUAUAGAAAGGAGAGUCGUAACAGAUUUGGAUGAUCCAAUAGAACUAGAUAGCAGUCCGUCUAAAUCGUCCAAUUCUUCCAAAGAAAAGAAAGGUUUCUGGGAAAGGAAUUUCGAUUCUCUCAAGCGCAAGAGUAAAGAUAAGAAAAAAACAGAAAAAGUCGAUAUAAUGUCUCAAAGUUUAAACGAAAACAUUUUCUUCAAUGACAACAUCGAAGUAGAUGUAUCGCUUGACAAAUUUAACAGCUUGAGAAAUUCCAAAAAGAAAGAUAAAAAAGAAAACGGACCCGUCAAGAGUAAUUCGUCAUCAAAAAUACCAACCUUUGCGGCAUUAGGAAAAAUUAUCAAAAAAGAUUCCUUGAAAAGAAAAGAGAUGAAUGCACAAAAGGAUAAGGAUAAAGAGAGAGACAAACAGAUGCAAAACGAAGAAAUAGAACAGAAUAACGUUAAAAUUCGUUACGUGAAAAACUUCAAACCGAUAACAGCAGAUAAUAAGUACGUAAAGUCAAAAUCCUUAUCACCAGACAAGAUAUCGAAUGAGCCUAUCAAAGAAGAAGAGGAAAGUGGCACCAGCGACAGUGCGUUCAGCAAAUCGGAGAAGAGUGCGAAGACCUUGCACAGGAAGAGUUGCGGGGACGAGCCGAACGUGAGGACCGACUUCCACAAGAUCACCGAUUCUGGAAAGAUUCCAUCACAAGACGACAUCGACAGGAUAUCGAAGGUGACGAUGGACGCGCCCAUCCUGGCCAGCGACGCCGACGUCAGCUCGCUGGGCAGGCGGACGCUGGACAGCCUCAUGGAGAUCGAGAGGAAGCGGAUGGAGAUGCUGGAGGAGAAAGGUUGUCAAGUAAUAGAAGACGAACGAGAAAAAAUAUCCGAACUGAAGAAACGCGUUCAGAACGAAACCAAAAAACUGUGGGACCAGCGCGCCAAGGAGCUGGAAGCUGACAGCCAAGUGUCAAACCACCUGUCAAACGUGAACAACCUGUCAAAUAUGUCGAGCGAGUUUGACAGCGAGGAUAGGUUCGGCAGCGGCCUGGAAGACGUCAGUUUUGAAGAUCCCUUCAAUGUUACCAAUUCCACCAUUUAUGAAGAGAGCUCCGGCUUCAUGUCAUCGUCCAUAGAAGAGCUGCAAGUCCGCAACUCCCGCACGGAGUCGACGGAGGACGACAAGCGCAGCGAGGACAGCCGCCCGCUCAGCCACGCGUCCGACUUCAGCCGGGACAAUAUCUUGUGUGUGGGGAGCGCGCCCCGCCGUAGCCGGCGCGGGCUCGCCAGCGAGUGGCAGCGUCCUCUCACGAGAUACUUGCCCGUCGACCGCGACGACUUCGACCUGCGGAGGCACGUCGAAUCCGCCGGUCACCAGAUCGAGCUGUGCCCGCACGUGGCGCUGAGCUCCGCGUCGUGUCGCGGGUACCUGCACAAACUGGGCGCCAAGUUUCACACGUGGUCCAAAAGAUGGUUUGUUUUCGACAGAGAAACGAAAACGUUUGUGUACUACUGGGACAAGAGCGAGAAGAAACCGCGCGGUGGCGCCUACUUCCAGGUCAUAGAAGAAGUGUACCUCGACCACGGCAACACAUCAAAAUCGCCCAACCCCCAAACUACUUUCAUAGUGAAAACCAGACAAAGGCGCUACUACCUCAUGGCUCCGUCCGGGGAAGCCGCCAGAAUAUGGAUAGACGUUAUAUUCACUGGGGCACAGGGUUACACUGAAUAUUUGGAAUGAAUAUUAUCAAUAUUCAAUUCUAGAAGAAAUAUUCAGAUAUAUCAUAUUGGAUUAUGAAAAUAAUGUAAACGGGUAUAACAUAUUCGUUAUAUUUAAUGAUUCUUGAAGGGUAUUUAGAAUGAAUAUUAAUAAUAUUCAAUUCUAGAACAAAUAUUGAGAUAAAUGACAUUGGAUUAUGAGUAAAGUAUACAAAGUAUACAAAACAUGCACCCAACAACUAAUGUUUUUGAAGGAUAUUUAGAAUGAAUAUUUUUUGUCGAAUAUGUUCGACGAAAAAUUCGUGUUUGUUUUUAUUCUAACAGAUUCUGGUUACAAUAUCGAAAAAGAAAGUUACGUUUUUGCGUAUGGGUUUUAUGAUUAUUUUUAAAUAUUUUAUGAUUAUUAAUGAAUAUUAUUGAUUUUCGAUUCUAGCUACAAUGUUAAAAUAAUAUUGUAUCGGAUUAUUUGACUAAGGUUGUAAACUUGAAGUGAUUAUGUAUGAAACAAAUAUAAAGAGGUUUAUUACAUUAUAGUAGCUCCUCUUAACUUUGAAUAAUUGAAAGACAAUAUUCUGAAAAUAAUACUGCUCUAUUAUUAUAUGAAAGUGAUAUUCCAUUCUGAACUGAAUAUUCGAAAUGUGAAUAUUGCGUAAUAUUCUGAUGUUAAUAUCAUAUUAUGUAUUCAUAAUAUUUACUAUAUUGAGUUAUAGUAAACGGUUUUGAGAGACUUGAAAAUGAAAAUAUUAUCUGCUUGCUACAAAAUGUAGGUACAAAAUACGAACGACUUUAUUCAAAUGUGAACUAUAUUGAUGCAACUUUUUGCAUUCGAUAUUGUAUCAAUGGAUACACAAAUUUUAGUGAGCAUCGAUGAAGCUUUAGACAUUUGAAUUUUUGUAUAAUUUUUGCGUAUUUUUGAUAUGAAAUGGUGUGUUGGUGUAUAUCUAUAUUAGAAAGUACAUUUUGUAUCGUAAUAUUAUAUCCAUGUUUUGGCAUGUAUACCUUUAUAUUGAUAAGUACAUAUAUAAACGUUAUUCAUUAUGGAUGUUUAUGUAAAGUCAAUUGGUAUGCGACAAUAUAAUCAAUAAUAUUCCUAUUCAAAGUGCUUACCGUAACCGUACAGUAUUUAUAUGAGAAUAAAAUUUAUACUUAGACAAUAAAACAUAAAUUAUAAUCUGUGCCAAUCAUUAACUUAAUAUUCCAAUAUGGCGGCUAUUUUUAUACAUAUUUAUCGGUUUAAUAUUGGUGCCUUGUAAGUUGUAGAAGACUGAUCGAUUUCAGGUGAACUACCAUUAUAAUAAAGACGUGUAUCAUUCAUUUAUUUAAAUUAAAUUUCAAAUAUUUUUCUAUGUAUAAUAUUUAAUAAAAACAAUUAUUAUUCAUAUUAUUGCGUUAUAUUCUGCACGCUUAUUAAAAUUAGUAAUAAAAUGUUACCAUAAUUAAAAAAAUAUUGAGGCAACUUUUACAUUGUCUGUCAAAUCGAAUACAUACACAAUUAAAAACCUACAUUUUAAUUUUUAUCAUAAAAUGAAAUUUUUAAUUUUUUCAAUCAAGAUUUAGUUAGUUACUUAAAAAAUAUAUUUUGUAAAUACCUACGUCCUUAAACUUGGUUGCAUUUUAAAUAUAUAUAUUUUUUUAGUAAGGAAAAUCAUCUCACUAUAAAUAUAUUCAAUGUUAGUGACUGUGCCUAAGCUUUUAAUUUUCGCUAACCUCACUUUUAUUUGGAAGUAGAUUAUAUUAUUUCGUACUGCAUUUACAUUGUAACAUAAUCUUAAGUACAAAAUCGUAUUUUUUUAUACGACAAAAUAUACCAGUGUAUAGAAAACAUUUUAUUUUUAAGGCUUGCAACACUAUUUUAACUUUUUGUAUAAGUAACGGCUGAUACCAAUAUUUUAGGUGUAAGGUCACAGUAUCUUAACGAAUCUAAUUAAUUAAUUGCAUCCUUUAAUAAAAUAUUCAUUUUA